UGUUUCCUUAGGUUCCUGAAGUGUUUGGGAGAGUUUGGGAUGAAUUGGAGCCGAUUUGGAACGAAGAUUCGAUGUUCGGUUUCGUGCAUAUUGUGUAUGUGAAAGCGAUGUUGAUCGACACCAAUUAAGUCGACACCAGUUAGAUGUCGGUCAAUACCAUGGUUGUGUCAGCGUCAGCGACACCAACGUAGUGUCGGUCGACACCAGACCUAGUUUAUUUAACAAAAAAGCUUUUGAUAUUUUCUGAAUAUAAUUUUGGAAACUUCUUGUUCUAACAAAUUAGUACAGUAAAACGUUCUUUUUAGUUCAAAGUGAAGGAGGCGGAAGCGGCGGAUGAUGAAGAUGAUGUACCUAGUUCCGGAUCUACAGGAAGAAAUCAUUCUUCGAUUGCCGUUGAAAUCUAUCCGCAAAUUCAAAACCGUCUCAAAACAAUGGAGAUCAAUCAUGGAAUCCAUGAAUUUCACGGAGAGGCGCAUGAGUCUUCAAAAAAACCACCGCAAAAUCCUGGCGGCCGGAGUAGAACGGAGCGAGUCGCCAUUCGAAGGGGAUGAAGAGAUUGAGGUGGUCUAUCUGCACUGCGAUGACGUCACACUACCGUCGCUGACAUGUGACGGUUUGGUUUGCAUCCCCGUAUCGGGUUGGGUCAAUAUCAUCAACCCGACCACCGGAGAAUUCCUUAGAUUCCCUUCCGGUCCAGAUCCAGACUAUCCAGUGACCCACCGGUACCAAUACGAAGUUGGUAAGUGGCACUAUACAUUCCCUGCAUUGUGGGCGAUGGGGUUUGGUAGGGAUAAAGUCAGUAAGAGCUUUAAAGUUGUGAGGAUGUUCUUUGAUCCUUACCAUUACUGUGAGGUUCUUGAUGUCAAUAUUGGUCAAUGGCGGAGAACACUCUGCACACCUCCUUAUCUGAUCGAUGCUAGAAGGAAGACGGCGUGUGUGAAUGGUUCCAUCUACUGGUUAAAUUGUAGUCCUGUGAAGCUACUAGCUUUUGAUCUUCACACACAAAAGUUUCGUGAUGUCCCCUUUUUACCACUUUCCGUUUCAUUACAAGACCAGCUAGUAAACCACCUUGAUGACCGUCUAGCCAUAGCCACACCCUAUGUACGGCCUUGGAAACUGGAGAUAUGGACCAUGGAUGUACAAAAAGAAGAAGACGGAUGGACCUUGACUUACUCCAUACCUUUAUCCUCUUGUAGAGAUCUUAACCCUUUUCCGGAUAAAGUGCAUUUCAGGCCGCUGACUUUCUCCUUUGGUUGAGAAUUUUCUCCCAAUUCGCCAUCUAUGUUCUUCUUCUGCUCCCAAGACAUUCGUGCAUCAAUUCAGAUCAUCUCAGGAUCCAACCCUCUCGCACGUGCCCGCUUCUUCUCGAAUAUCCAAAUUGUUUAAACAUAUCGAAACGGAUACCCUGCUUACGGCAUUUUUUUUUUCUUUUGUAUAUUUCCGCAACUACUAUUUUGUUUCCUCUAAGUCCUGAUUUUAGUAUACUGAUCGUUUACCACAACUCAAGUGUGCCUCUAGUAAGGUUCCAGUUUAUUAUACAAAAAAAUG